UCUACCUACAUAAAGUGCUGCCCCUCCGAUUGCGUGGGACGAAAUUGCUCUCAAUACCACACCACACCCCCCCCNCCCUUCUCAGGACAUCCACCAUCUUCACAAUCUAUCGAAGCUUUGAAACACCAUAGGGAACUCUCGAGGGUAUACAAACUCUAUCAAAAUGGCAUCCAAUCCACCAGCUGCCUGUUGCACUAUUGGUGUCAAGCAUGAGUAGGUCCCCCUCUCCCCCCAAUCCAUCUCUAUCCUCACAUUCUUCCCUCCUCACAGACAAUUAUAUCACUUUCAUGACCAUCAGCUAACGCCCUCUCCAGUGGCGAGGCCACUGGCUCUACCUUCAAGAUUGGCAGCAUUGAAGCCUACGCCGCAGAACCAUCUGGCAAGAACGUCCACAAAGAUACCGCCAUCCUCUAUAUUCCCGACGUUAUCGGCAUUUGGCAGAACAGCAAGUUGAUGGUGGAUCAAUUUGCCGCAAACGGCUACUACACCCUCUUGAUUGAUGUGUUCAAUGGCGAUGCUCUCACUCUUAAUAAACCUGAGGCUUUCGAUUUCAUGUCCUGGAUGACUAAAGGAACCGGCGGAAAUAAUGGACACACGACCAAAGAGGUAGACCCAAUUGUUGAAAAGGCCAUAGCUUUCUUGCAGGAGAAGGGAUACAAAAAGAUCGGAAGUGUCGGAUAUUGCUUCGUAGGUGCACUCCCAGAUGUAUCCUUACCUUCUGUGGACUAAUUUACUGUAAAUAGGGUGCUAAAUAUGUUGCCCGAUAUAUGGCCAAAGGCAAGGGCAUCGAUGUUGGAUAUAUGGCUCACCCUUCGUGCGUAUCACCGCCAGUCUAAAAAUUCCUGAGACGCAUCAACUAACGUUACCCCAGGUUCGUUGAAGAGGCUGAACUUUCUGCCAUCACUGGUCCUCUGUCUAUUUCAGCAGCAGAAACGGACGAUAUUUUCCCAGCUGAUAAGCGCCACAAAUCUGAGAUUAUUUUGAAUGACACCAAGUUACCAUAUCAAAUCAACCUCUUUAGCGGUGUCGUCCACGGCUUUUCGGUCCGUUGUGAUACCAGCAAGAAGGUUGAGAAAUUUGCCAAGGAGCAGGCCUUCUUGCAGGCAGUCACAUGGUUCGAUGAGCACUUGGUCUGA